AUGCGCGUGGUUCUUUCGGCCGGAUAUGAUUCGGUCAAGAUCAACGGCCACGACGUGUACGCUGUCUACGACCCUGCGCGCGUAACCAUCUUGUACUUCAAGGACGUUGGCACAGGCUUGAUUGCCGCGUUUUCGAGCUCUGGACCCUCGUGCGCCCCGGCCACGCACGCCGUUGCAGGUGACCCGCGGCCGCCCUACCCUGGAGCAGGAGACCGCGGGCAUGUCGACGCGCUCGAGCAGCAUGCUAGCACGCAGCUGCUGUUUGCCGGGCAGGAGCGCGAGAGGCAGCGCCAGGAGCGCGAGCGAGUCAAGCGCCUGCAGGCCGACCUGGCUGAGCGGGCGAGGCAGCGCCAUCGUGGUUGGGGUGCGGUCGUUGAGCUGCUGGCCGUUGGGGGUUGCUUGGCCGUUGUCGCGGCGUUGUUGCGGUUGCCGCGCCGUCAGGGCUAG